AUGGAGAAGCUAGUGCCUGUACUGCUGGUUUUCUUGGCCUUUCACUUCCUUAAAGCUGCCUCCCAAGAAUUUACUUACUGGUGGAAUAUCGAUUGUGGUAGUGAACAACGUCGUGUUGAUUACAACCGUUCAAUGUGGUUGCCCGACAUCUGGUCCAUCACAACUGGCUUGAACAAGCAGGUUCCGCAGAAACAACCUAUCGAAGAAAUGAACACACUUCGGUUCUUCCCUAAUGGGUCGAGAGAGCAAAGCUGUUAUCUUGUAGAGUUGACACCUUACUUCACAAGCUACAUUGUUCGAGCCGGGUUCUACUAUGGUAACUAUGAUGGUCUCUCUCGCCCGCCCACCUUUGAUCUCACGAUUAACGGCAAAAAUUGGACCACGGUGAACACUACUUCGUCGAUGGGUGGGGGGCCAAUAUACCAUGAAACCAUAUAUGUGUAUCAUGAAUAUGGUAUGAAAGUUUGCUUGGUACAAACCAGGGAAGGCGAGGUGCCCUUCAUUUCUUCGAUGGAGUUCAUGGAAAUAGAGAAUCCUCUGUAUACACAGAUGGUGCCACUCCCUUUAACAUCAGACAAUGACCCUAAUGCCGCCUUCCAUCUCGUCACUCGGACCAAUUUCGGUGGCCCUGAAGUGAGGUUUGCAAUGGAUAAUUACAGUGAUUCCUACAAUCGCAUAUGGACGAGCGGAUCAACACCAAAAGGCUGUGAGAAUAUUUCCACCUUGCCACAACUCAUCGAGCCAUUAGAAAACGCUCCACCCGCUGCAGUCUUGGCUGACUCCAUCGCAUCCAUCAACGCUUCCGAUCCCAUCAUCCUAACCAUUGAUCUUCCUCCCCUCGAUGGCCCACAUCCAGCAUACUUCAUAUUCUACUUUUCUAAUCCAGCCCCGCAAUCUCCGGUCAGCGGCAUCAUCGGUACCAGGGCUACCCACAUCUACAUCAACGGUCAGCUGAAGUCCAACAUUACAUUCGAGUGGGGCAAGUCCCGGGUUGUUACCAUAGACCCCGUGGAUGUUAUGGGUCCCACUAUCAAUAUAACCCUAGCCCCUGAUCCCGAUUCUAACUUACCAACCAUGAUCAGCGGCUUGGAAGUGUUUACAAGGCAUUAUGUAAAGUAUGAGGCGCCGGAUCCUCCACGGGUUCGCAUAGUGCCUAAUUUUGGACCGCCACCCUCCGCAGCCACACCUCUCCUUCUCAUAUCUGUGUACAUUAUUUUAGCUCAUGUUCUCUUGGUAGUUGUAUUAUAA